UUUAACAACAAUUUAAGGGGAGUGGAGACUCAGGAAGUUUUCACUUUACUCCUCAUCCACUUCACUUUCUGUCGUCACGCGCACGUGUCCGCGUCUCUCGCGCUCGCUUCUCUUUGUUUUUCCUUUAAUUGAGGACAGUGACGUGGGCAUGUGCAGCGCGUGACCGGAGGACGCCACAGGACAGUGCGCAGGGUUGCAGAAGAAGGACAGAGUGACAACAGAGCACAACCACUCCACACACUAUGGAGACAGAAGACUCUGGCAGUGAGAGUCUGAAAGGAGCCGAGGCUCAGCUCUGCACGUCUGCGAGUCAUUAUGACAACCAAGGGAAGAGGAUUAAAGCACCAUCUCUUCCUGGUGUUCUCUUAGUGGGAUUGAUGUUUUUGGCCGCCCUCCCUGUUGGAGCAAGCAUCAAACAGAGUGUCCCCCGGGUCAGACUCAGCCACAGAGAACUGCUUCAUGGUGGAAGUGUGUCUCUGUUCCUGGGACCUGCCGACGGCCUCCACUCCCACUCGCUGCUGCUGGACGAAGAAAGAGGUCGUCUUCUGUUGGGAGCCAGGGAUUACAUCUAUCUGCUGGACCCUGACAACCUCAGCAGAGAGCCCAGAAAGUUUCACUGGCCUGCUUCCCGGGACAGAGUUGAAAUGUGCAGACUGGCAGGAAAAAAUGCAAAUCUGGAGUGUGCUAACUUUGUCCGAGUCCUGCACAACUACAAUCGCACACACGUCUACGCCUGUGGGACAGGAGCUUUCCACCCGAUCUGCGCUUUCUUUGAAAUCACUGGUCGUCGAGAGGAUGGUGUGUUCCAGCUGCUGUCGAGCACAGUGGAGUCUGGCAGGUUGAAAUGUCCCUUUGAUCCCUUGCAGCCAUUCACCUCAGUCCUCACAAGCCAGUACCUGUAUGCGGGUACGUCUUCAGACUUCCUGGGCAAAGACACAACCUUCACGCGCUCCCUUGGCCCUCCACCUGACCAGCACUACAUACGCACAGACAUCUCUGAAGACUACUGGAUCAAUGAGGGCAGGUUCAUAUCUGCUCAUCCCAUCGCGGACACCUACAACCCAGAUGAUGAUAAGAUAUACUUUUUCUUCCGGGAAGUUUCGUGGGAAGGCAACGACAAAAGCAUCCUGACCCGAGUGGCUCGUGUGUGCAAGAAUGACGUCGGUGGCCUGAGGAGUCUGACCAAUAAAUGGACCACCUUCCUCAAAGCCAGGCUCGUGUGCUCGAUCCCCGGUCCGGACGGAGUGGACACUCACUUUGAUGAGCUGCAGGACAUCUUUCUUCUCCCCACUCGAGAUGAAAAACACCCCAAAGUGUACGCAGUCUUCACCACCUCCAGCUCCAUCUUCCGUGGCUCGGCGGUGUGUGUGUACAGCAUGGCAGAUAUACGAGCUGCGUUUAAUGGACCUUACGCUCACAAGGAAGGGCCUGACCACAGAUGGGUGGAAUAUGAGGGGAAGAUUCCAUAUCCACGGCCUGGAACGUGUCCCAGCAAGACAUACGAUCCAAAGAUCAAGACCACGAAAGACUUCCCUGAUGAGGUCGUCAGCUUCGUCCGAUUCCACCCGCUGAUGUACCGCUCCGUCUACCCUCUGACCGGCCGGCCCGUGUUCACACGUGUGCGAGUGGACUACACCCUCACCAAGAUUGUGGUGGACAGAGUUUUGGCUGAAGACGGACAAUAUGAGGUCAUGUUUCUGGGAACAGACGUGGGCUCAGUUCUGAAGGUGGUGAGCAUCACUCAAGAGAACUGGUCAACGGAGGCAGUGGUGCUUGAAGAACUUGAAGUUUUCCAGGUUCCAACUCCCAUCCUCAGUAUGGAGAUGUCUUCCAAACAGCAACAGCUGUACGUGGGCUCGAGCGAGGGACUCGCUCAGGUUUCCCUCAGUCGGUGUAACCUUUACGGCCACGCCUGCGCUGAAUGCUGCCUCGCCCGCGAUCCGUACUGUGCCUGGGAUGGACAAACAUGCUCCCGAUACGUCCCUGCAUCUAAGAGACGGGCCAGGAGACAGGACAUCAAGCAUGGAGACCCUGCCAGUCAGUGCUGGGACACAGAAGACAGUCUUGGUGGAGGACAAGUGGAGGAGAAGGUUCUCUUUGGCGUGCAAAGCAACUCCACAUUCCUCGAGUGUAUCCCAAAAUCUCAACAAGCACAGAUCCGGUGGUACAUCCAGAGAUCGGGAUCUGAGCGCAGGGAGGAGGUCAAGUUGGACGACCGCGUGGUUCCCACUGACCGAGGUCUCCUGAUCCGCUCCCUCCAUGCCUCCGACGCUGGCGUGUACAUCUGUGUAGCUCAAGAACACACACACUUCACGCACACUCUCCUCCGUCUCACGCUACAACUUGUUACACACGGCCAGCUGGACGGAAAGCCCAAGCCCAGCGAGGACCCCGCGCUGCAGCUGCGGCACGGCGCGGAGUCCCGCCAGCGCUACAAAGACUACCUGCGAGUGAUGAGCUCUCCUUUCGCGUCCCUGGAGGAAUACUGCAGCUCGCUUUGGUCCGAGAAGAAGCCGCCGCGGCCGCGAGGGCGAGUCGGCAAAUGGAAACACAUGCAGGAAAUGAAGAAGAGCAGGAACAGGAGGCAUCAUGGAGAGAGGGAGGAAGAGAGAGAGGCAGGGUGGUGAUGAGGUUCGACGGAAAAUCAGGAUUAGCUGUGUGCACUCACUGAGCGAUGACGCAUUCGUGACAGAACUGUUCAACUGCAGCGACACAAAACCUAACUCUGAGUUCAUAGAGCGCGAACGACGAAUGCUGAAAUAGUUCAAAAGUAAUAUUAAAGGGAUAGUUCAGGUUUUUUUUUUGAACAACAACAAUUCACACAUUCUUUGGAUGUUAGUGAGGACAGCAGAGAAAAGUCUUAGAAUAUAAUAAUCAUUCUUUGCUGUAUUUGAAAUACUUUGAAAUGAAAAUCCAAACAGCUGAUCUACCACUGCGUCUGCACUGUUGUGAUAAAUGAUUGUGUAAAAUAUUCAAACUGGUUAACGCUGUAGAUGGUAUGUGUGGUUACAAUGGUAAUAGUGUGCUAAUAAAGAGAUCAUAUUAUAGUAAUAUCAUGUUAUAGCUCAUGUAAUAUAGUUAAUAUGUUAUGCCCCACACAUAUUUUCCGUGGUUAUCACAAAGAUAUGAAUUAGUAAAAACUAAGGAAUUGCAUGAUUGGAUAAUAUUGCCUCUCUGUGUCACUGACUCUGUUUAACUCUCUCACACACCGUAGAAAACUGAACUAUCCCUUUAAUUUAAAUCAUCAGUUUUAAGUAUGACGUUUCUUUGUGUUAACGACAGAACAUUUUGUUCACUUAGAAAAAAAAAACCAUGAUAUAUAUAUAAACAGUAGUAGUGUGAGAUUGUUCAUGGCGUUGACAAUGCAUUCAUGUUGAAUGACUGUAAAUAUUUGUAUAACAUGUACAGGGGAUACAGCAUGCUUCGUUUACUGGUCUGUAUAACACUAAUAAUAAUAAUAAUAACAAUAAUAAUAAUCGUUUUAUGCUCCUGCAACUGAAAAAAGGUAACAUUUUUGUACAAACAUUUAACAUGUGUAUGGUAGGUCCAGUAGAUGUUUUUGUUAUUGCUGUUUGUUUUUCAGUUAUUUAAAUAAAUG